AUGGCUUGGUUUCUGUGUCUGUGUGUGGUUUUGGCCGUGGGCCUGGCUUUGUUUGUGCUGCAGUUGAAGCUCAGGAUGUCUGCAGAUGGCCCUCAGGAGCCCCCCUCCCUCCCAGCGCUACCCUUCAUCGGCAGUCUGCUGAGUCUGCGAAGCCCACACCCUCCUCAUGUGCUUUUCAAAGAACUGCAGCAGAAAUAUGGACAGACAUACUCUCUGAUGAUGGGCUCCCACUGUGUUAUCAUUGUCAACCAGCACACACAUGCCAAAGAAGUCCUGCUGAAGAAGGGAAAGAUAUUUGCAGGAAGACCCAGAACUGUAACCACAGAUGUUCUGACCAGAGAUGGGAAAGACAUUGCAUUUGGAGACUACAGCGCUACCUGGAGAUUCCAUAGGAAAAUAGUCCAUGGAGCCCUGUGCAUGUUCGGAGAAGGCUCUGCCUCCAUCGAGAAGAUCAUCUGUGCAGAGGCUCAGUCUCUGUGCUCCGUCCUGUCUGAGGCAUCAGCCACAGGACUGGCCCUGGAUCUGUCUCCAGAGCUGACUCGGGCCGUCACCAACGUCAUCUGUUCGCUCUGCUUCAACUCCUCCUACCGCAGAGGAGACCCAGAGUUUGAGGCCAUGCUGCGCUACAGCCAGGGCAUCGUGGACACUGUGGCAAAAGACAGCCUGGUGGACAUCUUCCCCUGGUUACAGAUUUUUCCCAAUGCAGACCUGCGUCUUCUAAAGCAGUGUGUCUCAACCAGGGACAAACUUCUACAAAAGGAAUAUGAUGAACACAAGGCAGACUACAGUGACCAUGUGCAGAGAGACUUGCUGGAUGCUCUGCUGAGAGCCAAGCGCAGCGCUGAAAACAACAACACAGCAGAGAUCAGCGGAGAGUCUGUGGACCUCAGUGACGACCACCUCCUCAUGACUGUGGGAGACAUCUUUGGAGCCGGCGUGGAAACUACCACCACCGUGCUCAAGUGGGCCAUCACAUACCUCAUCCAUCACCCGCAGAUGCAAAGGCGUAUCCAGGAGGAGCUGGACAGUAAGGUGGGAGGGGACCGGUCCCCCCAGCUCAGUGACAGAGGCAGUCUACCCUACCUGGAGGCUACCAUCAGGGAGGUGUUACGCAUCCGCCCUGUGGCCCCUCUGCUCAUCCCUCACGUGGCCCUCAGUGAUACCAGCAUCGGGCACUUCACGGUCAGAAAAGGAACUCGAGUCAUCAUCAACCUGUGGGCUCUGCACCAUGAUGAGAAGGAAUGGAAAAACCCUGAGCUCUUUGACCCUGGUCGGUUCUUGAACAGUGAAGGCACAGGUCUGAUCAUCCCAUCGUCCAGCUACCUGCCGUUCGGUGCUGGAGUCAGGGUGUGUCUGGGAGAGGCCUUGGCAAAGAUGGAGCUCUUCCUCUUCCUGUCCUGGAUCCUGCAGCGCUUCACCCUCUCUGUCCCACCAGGCCACCCUCUGCCCAGUCUGGAGGGCAAGUUCGGUGUGGUCCUCCAGCCGGCCGUGUACAAGGUGAACGCCCUGCCCAGACCGGGCUGGGAGAGGAAUUGCCAGGCAUGCUGA